AUGAGCCGACAACGACAGCAGCAGCAAGGGCAGCAGGAGCAACAAGAGCAGCAAGAAGAACAAGACGAACAACAAGAGCAGAUGCCUGCUCGUCCUGAACAACGGAAUCAAGUUCAUGACCAAGCGCGACAGGAUGUACAACAGGAUGGGCUCCAGGUCCAAAACUUUCUAGAGUUUACGCCCCGGCAACAGCACGCUUGGCUCCGAGCACGAUGUGACUGGUGCUUCGCAGUCGCAGACCACUUUCAACCAAUGACAUACACAACAGUUGAAAUUGCGAUCAAUAUGCUCUGCGACUAUAUGAUGCACAGCGGUCGACUACAUGAGUUGCCAAUGGGCCAUGUGUUGAGAUGUUCUACGGCUGCUUCUUUGAGGAUAGCAAUGCUUCUGAACGAAGGCAACUACAUGACUCUUCAGCAGCUCAUACAGAUCGGCCAGCAUCGUUUCAUAGAAGACGAAAUCUUCGAAAGCGUCUUUCACAUCUAUCAAUGCCUAGGACAAGACAUAUUAUCGCCUGAGACAAUCGAAUCUCAUGCUUAUAAUUACUUGGUAUUUCUGGAAUCGGACGGGAAUGGAUCCAUAGCCGAUCUUUGGCAACCACUUCGACGAUUGGUCCGCUUAGCCAGUCGCGAUUUACUCUUUUUGCAGUACCCAGCUCAGAAAGUAGGGCUUGCCGCUGUCGUCGUAGCCCUUCGAAUCAACAACGCAAAUGGAUGGGAAACGAGGACAAUGGCCCUUUUACGGGCAUUGAACAUUGAAGAGUACUCAACUGAAGCUGCAAUUGUUUCAGAGAUUGGUAGUCGACUGUUGGCUCUGCAUCACCGGUAUACAAAUGCAGAUGAGAUGUGA